CUGAGUUGAAUUUGAAUGUUUUGAUUUUUAAUUUUGUGAUUGUGUAUAAUAUUUAGAUCCUUAAUUUACAAUAUAUUUUAUUUAGAAAUGACUUGUACGGAUAGGAUAAUCGAGCACGACAAUGUGAAUGGCGUUGGAUUAAUGCUUUUGAUAGAUAAAAGGAGUGGUUCGCCGAAUUCACGACUUUUUACCAUAUCAUAUAAAAAUAAAGAAAAUAGGAGAUCAUGGCCAAAAACAUCGCUGUUUAUGGCCGUGUUAGUAAAUUUAGUUGCUCUGUUUUAUACAAGAAUUAACCUCACGGCAAUAUCCAUUAUAUUUAUUGUGUUAUCGUUCCUACUUUUCUUUUGGAUAACUCAUAGUGUUCAGUCAGAGAGUUUAUUAGUUAUUCCCACAGUGGGAAUUCAGAGCUCAGUGAAAUAUGUCUAUGGAAGAGAAGACAACUUUAUACCAUGGUCCAGUGUGGAUGAUGUUGUUAUUAAUGAAGUUAUCAAGCUUCACAGGGUACUGUACUACCUGACUGUUUUGGUCAAACCCAGCGGUCAUGCAAAUGCGGAGCAGACGGAGACAUUAAAACUUAUACCAUUAUUCAAGUACACCAAACCCCGACUGUUGAUGCUGGAGACAAUUUACUCUGAACUACAAGGGUUGCUGACUGAAACACGAGAUACUACAGCUAUAGGAUCUGGUGAUCAAGGAUAGUAAUGUGUGUCUGAAUUUAACUUAGUAUGAAUUUAUCGGUAUUGAAAUUAUCAAUAGGCUUAUGAUAUCUUUGUGUAAAAUAGUUUUCCAAAUUGAAAUGAGUAAAACAAUUUGUAGUCACUAGUUACAUGUUCGAGGAGUUAAGAACUAUUAGUGUUAAGUUCAAAUAACAUAUACUUAAACAUUCCAUGUCAGUAUUAAGUCCGAUUAUAAUUUCAUAAUAUUAUAGUGGGUUAGGAUGUUUGUGUUAUAAAUAAUAAUAUCUAUUUAUUAAUUAAAGACAACUUCAUUUAUGGUCCAAAUAUAAAAAUCCAAUACUAUAAUAUAUAAUCCGACCGAUAGGGAUAGGUUUCUGUCGUUGGGGAGAAAUGUUGUAUUUUGAAUAGGUAGUAGGUAGUAUAUCUUUUUAUUGGAAUUCUGUUAUAUUCAUUCAAAUGAAUUUAUUUAUUUUAAUAUAAGAUGUUAAGUCAAAACAGGCAGGCGGACUAGUUAAGACCGUUAUCUUUGUGUGUCAAACAAAAACGAAGAACUAAUGUUAUUUUAAUCAAAAGUUAUUGUUACGAACUUUUAUGUACGAAAAUAAGAUAAUGUUGUCUUUUUAAAAUAUAAGCAAAGAUUGUUAUUAUUUAUAGUUUGAUGCAAGUGCAUCUUAUAAAUAAUCUUAACAUAUUCGCCGCGGUGUCGCACGUAGUUUCUUAUCAUUGAAUUUACAUCAGCCAAGUGUAUUAUUUGAAGGUAUACACACAUCAGUGAGCAAUAUGUAGUAUAAUCCAGCUACGGAAUGACUCACGAGGAAUAGAUUACGAAAGAAAGAACCUGAGCUAUUUCUGUUGAAUUUUUUUCAGUAUAUUUUAGAAUAAGUAAAUAAAUUAAUCAUAAUUUAUAUGGAUUUAUUUAUAUAAUCAGCACAGGUUGCAAGGUCGGCAUCCCCAAGGGAUCUUUGGGUAGUUUUAAAAGACUAGGUUUUCUUAGAAAUAUGAAAUAUCAGUAGGUAUGCACAUAAAAUAUACGUUGUCAAAGCAGUAAAAAGCUUUCAGC